AUGGGCGCCGCCGAUCCUAGCUAUCCGUUGCUGCCCAUUGCGUUGAUUCUGGCGGCGGUGAUGCUGCUUCUCGUGCUGCUGUUGGCUUCUAUCCGUCAACAAUGGAACUUCGGCGUGGCCAUAUUGUGCUUCUGGCUCUUUCUUCAGAACGCCACUGCGGCUGCGAAUACGAUUAUCUGGUCUGAUAACGUUGACAUCAAACUGGAAGUGUACUGCGAUAUAGUGUCGCGGCUACAAGUGCUCAUGGUCGUGGUGAAGCCAAUGUCGACCCUAAUCAUCAGUCGUCGGCUGUACUGCAUUGUCAGUCUGCUGUCCGUCGACAUGUCCAGUCCGGCUGCGAGAAAGCGUGAACUCCUCUUGGAGUGGACACUCGGCGUCAUCAUCCCUUUACUGAUUGCAGGACCUAUAUACUACAUCGACCAAUCAUCCCGAUUCGAGAUGGACGAGGGCUUUGGCUGUACCAACGCAGUUGACAGCUCCAUCUUUGGUCUCCUAAUGCUCGACAGCUGGUCAAUCAUCCUCCCUCUAAUCUCCAUCACCUGCUACUACCCGAGGGUGGCACGCGAGUUCUACCUCCGAAGCAGAGACGUCAACCGCUUCCUACAAACCAACAACUCCGGAUCCGUCUCACGCACCAGCUACUUCCGCCUCUUCGCCCUAGCCAGCAUCGACAUACUCAUUACGCUUCCUGACGGCAUCACGAGCGUCGUCCUGAACACAUCUGCAGCGUUGGAAUCCGGAGGAUUUCCCUUCUAUAACGGAUGGAAGGAGGUCCACCGCGAUUGGACACCCCCGACUUAUACGUACGAGGAGUUACUGGAGGCUGGGCCCGCCUACGUCGCUGAGUUCUAUGCGACCUUUUGGUCUGCAUUGGUAUUGUCAUACGCUAUCUUUGCGCUCUUUGGUUCGACGGCGGAGGCUCGCGCGACGUACUGGCGAGCCAUUCUUUGGGUCGGCAAGUGGUUCGGAUGGAAGCCGGCCCCGCGCGCUCCGAGCAACACGGAAUCAACACUGGGUACGAUCCAGUUCGACACGCCACCAAUACAGCUCUCGGUCGAUCUUGAGACGGGGACGCGCCGCGAUCGCCUUCAUGCCGACAAAGCUGCUUCUCAAUUGGGCAAUGAGACCAGCAGCGGGAGCGAGGCCCAAGAGCAGAACUACGAAGAGAAGGAGCUUCAACCCGAUUGUCUCGCUUUCGACAGCGUCAAGACGGGCGGCUCUGUGCACUCGAGUGUGCAGGUGGUGGACAGUGAUCAUCAUCCGUGA